AUGACCGAGCUGACCUGGAGAGCUCGGGCAAAGAAAUGCCAGGAGAUGACGGCCAAAUCGCUGAACCCGGCAUGGCUCGUGGCCCUGGAUAAGCUCCCCCCAGCAGAGCAGCUAGACGUCAUGUCCUUCAUCGAGACGUGCGGGAUGCUGACGCCCGCCGAGCUGGAGAUGACGGCCACGAGCGGCGUCGACCUCGUGUCGCAGAUGGGUGCCGGCAAGCUGACCGCCGUCGAGGUGGUCACCGCAUUCCUCAAGCGUGCCCACAUCGGCCACCAGCUCCUCAACCUGGCGACCGAGUUCCUGGUCGACGACGCCCUCGCCAAGGCGGCCGAGCUGGACGAGCACUUCAGGGGCACGGGGGAGCUCGUCGGCCCGCUGCACGGCCUGCCCAUCUCGGUCAAGGAACAUAUCGGCAUCAAGGGCCGCAUCUGCCACGCCGGCUAUACCGCCUGGACGGACAACGUGGCCGGUAAGGAUGCGCUCAUCCUCAGGCUCCUAGGUGCCGCGGGGGCCGUGUUCCACGUGCGUACUAACGAGCCGCAGAGCCUGAUGCACCUUGACUGCUCAAACUUCAUUCACGGCACGACGGUCAACCCGUACAAUCGAACACUCAGCCCCGGUGGCUCCAGUGGUGGCGAGGGGGCCAGUCUGGGAUACCGCUGCUCCGUCAUGGGCAUCGGGAGCGACAUUGGAGGAUCGGUACGCUGCCCGGCAGCCCACUGCGGCGCGUACGGGCUCCGGACCACGGCCCUCCGCAAUCCGUGCAAGGGUAUUUUCGCGGCCGGCCCCGGGCAGGAGAGCAUCCGCUGCGUCGUGUCCCCCCUGGCGAACGACACCAGGGACAUCGACCUCCUCCAGAGGGCCCUUCUUGACCAGGAGCCCUGGGAGGAGGAGACGGAGCUGGUGCCUAUCCCGUGGAAGAGGGUUGACCCUUACAAAGUCAUACAUCCCCACCCCCCCAUCACGCGUGGUCUGAAAUACGCAGUCGGGAAGCUCAAGGCUGCAGGAGUCAAGGUCGUCGACUUUGAGCCGUACAAUCACGCCGAGGGCUGGGAACUCAUCAAGACGCUCUACUUUCCCGACGCGGCCAAGACGCAGCGUGACAUCCUCGCCGAGACCGGGGAGCCCAUCGCCCCUCUGACAGAGUCUGCCUUCAAAUUUGCCAGGAAGGAGCCGAUUACUGUGACGGAGAAUUGGAAGUUGAAUAUCGAGAGGGAGAAGUACAGAGCCGAAUACCAUCGUCUCAUGAAGGACCGGGGCGUCGACUUCAUCCUCUGCCCCGCCUAUAUCGGAGUGGCAGCCGAGCUCGGAUCAGCGCGCUACUUUGGGUAUACUUCUGCUUGGAACAUCCUUGACCAGCCUGCUAUUGCCUUCCCCACGGGGUUGAGGCAGGACCCUAACGUGGAUGCCGUCGAGGAGGGGUAUAAGCCGAGAUCUCCGGAAGAUGAGGAGGAAUAUAACAUGUAUUCGCCCGAGAAGUUUGUCGGUGCACCCAUCUCACUGCAACUGGUUGGCAAGCAUUUCCGCGACGAGGAGACGUUGGCGGCGACAGAUCUCGUGUCCAAGAUUAUCCAAGCAUGA